CCCGUAAAAUACAUGCAACAUGAUGUUAAGAAGUACACUUGCCUUAACUUCUUUUGCAAUACAACUCCAAUUCAAAGUCUGACCAGAGCUUGAUCGUAAAUUCUUCGUCAUCAUGGCUCCUUCUAGUUCUAUUAAGGCGUACGUGUGCACCUUGGCUUUGGCCUUUUUGUCCUUGGGCCAAUGGGUCUCGUCGCAGUCUUGCUGUCCAGAGGAAUCGUGGGGUGAACUAGCCAAGGAUCCGGAUUAUGUGGAACAGGGCGUGGUGGAACGCGUCCUAGAUAUGGAUUUGUAUCGGGUUGGGAACUCUUCGAAGUGCAUCAUUUGGAAUUAUGAUAUCUUCGGAUUCGACUCGGGACGGACGCGUCAAUUGGCGGAUUUAUUGGCCAGCAAAGGGUACAUGGUGAUCAUACCCGAUUAUUAUCGAGGCACGUUGAAAGAUCCAAGGGAGGGAGGAGUGAAAGACUUCAUUGUGGACCAAUCCAAUUGGAAUCAGCUUCAGAAAGACUGGGAGGACAUCACUGCUCCCUACGCAAAAGAGCACGGAGCCGAGACUUUUGGAGCUAUUGGAACCUGUUGGGGCUCUUACAUGGUACUGAGGCUCUCCGCCUACCCGGAAGUCAAAGCCGGAGUGUCGAUGCAUCCAAGUCAUCCCAAUAUCGCCCCCUUGGUUGAGGAGAGUGAACAGGAACUUUUAGAGGCAGUGGUGGGAACGCCCCAACUCUUCAUGCCCGCUGGAAGUGACGGCCAGAGCGUCAAACCCGGAGGGCUGGGUUCGCAAAUCCUGGGCGACGGUCUCAAGAUCGUGGAAUUCCCUACCAUGCAACAUGGAUGGACUGCCAGGGGCGAUUUGUCCAAUCCUGAUAUCGAGAAGGAGGUCAAACGAGCCAUGGACGAAGCCCUGGCCUUUUUUAAUGCCAAUUGGUAAACACGUGCAUUUCAUUCUUUCCCUUCAUCAAAUAUGACAUCAAUAAUGCAUUACUUCAAUUCA